AUCGGCCCAUGAUGUCAGUCCAGCCCAGAGAAGGAGGCCCAUUAGACAAACCGAAUCUUCUUCACAUCAACCGCAAAAGCACGGUUGUUCCUUUCCUAAUCUCAACGGCUUACAAAUUUAAAUUUGAAAUUCGAAAUUGUGAGCGUAUUUUUUUCUUGACCUUUCUCUCUUUAAGCCAUCACGACAAGCCACGGUGGGGCAGGCAUCAGGUAGCCGUUCAAAAACUUUCCCUUCCUUCAUCACCACCGUCCAUUCUAUUUCGGUUGGAAAUUAUAAAUCCCUCUCUUAAUCCUCCACGUGUCGUCAUUAACGCUUCACAAACAAGCGCUUAUUCACACCAAAUCAGAUAUUUACACGUGUCGUUCAUACAGCGCGAGUAAAUUACUAAAUCAUUUUUGACAGUUUCCAUACUUUCCCGCCUAAUUCUUUUUUUUUUUCUUUUCUUUCUUUUUUUAUAAUAUUGAAAAUUUGAGUAUAAAAUCCCCCAUUGGAAGAGCUCCACUGAGCGCAACAAAUUUGUCAAUAAAAAUUGUCGUUUUCAAUCGGAGCGGGGGAGAGAGCCAUGGAAGAAUCCAUCAAGGACCAGCAAUCUACUCCAUUUCCUGGUAACUCAGCGAGACCCAAGCUUCAGCGCUAUGCUUUACGUUCGGGGACUAAAUCUAAAGACGAGAAGCUUCCUGCUCCUGCUCCUGAAUUGUCGAAUCCUCCUUCUUCUGCCUCAAAGAGGGGAAGAUCUGUGUCUAGUGUGAGCAAGAGUGUUGGAGUCCUUGACCUAUCUGCCAAGGACAAGUCCGCUAAACCACCAAGAAGGCUGUCUAUACCAACAAAAAAUGUAAGCCCAGCUCGAAAAUUAGUUGGCAACAUCACACCAAUAUCAGAGGUCCGGAGAACUGCUAGGAGCCAGGGGAAAAGUGACACACCUGUUUCUGACUUUUCACGGUCAAGCAAGAAAACAUUCCACCUUUUGUCUUCUACAUCAUAUUGGCUAUCGCAGAUCAAGCUCUCUGAAGCUGCUUCUAAGCAUUCAGUGUCGCUUGGAUUCUUUAAACUUGCAUUGGAGGCAGGGUGCAAGCCUCUUCAUCGGAUGCGUGAUGAACUCAAAUCCUAUAUUAAUCGUUGCAACCUUGAUGAAAGUGAACAAACGGUGAAAGAUUUGCUAGAAAACUACAAUUCCGCACAAGAAACAGAGCAACUACAGGUCUCUGAAUCCAUUACCCAGGGACCUGAAGUGGGAACAAGGUCUUCAGAUGAUGAAGUUCAUAGCUCUUCAUCCUCAGUAGAGCCUAGGAAGCUUAAACCAAAAUCCUUAAACGCCGAUGUCGCCAAAACUACCCCAGUCACUGAGGUCAAUCAGAGAAAUCUCACUACAACACCAAGAAAUAGAGGAACUUGGAACAAAAAUGCAGCCCCAAAUUCAACUUCAGAGACGACGAAAAAAUCUUUGAAGAAACCCCAUAAGCCAAACAAGCAAGAACCCAUUCAAGGAAGGGAAAAAACCAAGAAACAAGCAAAGAAACAGCCCAGCGAGAAGGCUCCAGCUAGCAGGAGUCCUGAAGAAGAUUCUGUGCAAUCAAACAAAGAAAAUUUGGAGGCUCCCCAAAUUGAAGUGAUUUCAACAGAACAGUUAGUGAUGUGAAGAUAACUGAUGGGAAUUUUAUUGUUUUGUUCCUGUUUUGGUUAUUGUAAUAUUUGUGUGGGGUUUUGAAGUGGGUGAUUUCUUUCGAGUACAGGAGUGAGUUUAAGUGAUGGAUUGAAAGUGUCAACCUGUGGUGUGUGCUUUCUUCUUUGUCAUAAAACAUAAUAGUUUGUAAGUCAGUUCCUCUGUUGCUAAAUACAUUAUACAGUGAGGUAUUACUAUCAAUUGUAUUGAAAUUUAUGAUAGUUGAUUCAUUGUUUUUCAAAGUGUUUCAGCUUUGAAUUUAUAAAUCAACUUUCUCUUAUACA